AAAGCUGUGGCUGUAUCUCCCAAGACAAUGUUGUUUAGCGGAUGUUGCAAGUUUCCUUGAUUACUAGUAUCUACAUUACAACCUGCAUAACUGUCAAGUGUGUUUCUUCUGAGUACAAUUUGAAGCAGUACUAUCCUCUGGACUGCAUUCCAGUUGAGGAAAGGAAUUCCAAAUCUAUGGUAAAUGGGACCAUUUUGAAAAAAAAAAACAUGAACAAAAAUAGGACGAUGCAGUUCAGUGAAUCCAACACCACGUCACUCAAUCUUACAAAGAUGUUUCCCCAUAGAAGCUGUAGUGUGGACUCUGAGUUCAGAUACACUCUCUUCACAGUGUUCUACAGCAUAAUCUUCAUUGUGGGAUUGGUGGCCAAUUGUUAUGUGCUCUGGGUCUUUGCACGAAUGCAUAGAAUUAAGAGAAUGAGCGAGAUCAAGAUCUACAUGAUCAACCUGACUGUAGCUGACCUUCUAUUUAUUAUGACUCUACCACAGUGGAUUAUCUAUUACAACCAGAAUGGUGACUGGACCCUGCACCCGUUCCUCUGCAAACUAUCUGGCUCCCUGUUCUUCGUCAACACCUACUGCUCCAUAGCCUUCUUAGCAGUGAUCAGCUUCAACCGUUACUGGGCUGUGACCAAACCCCUGGAGACUGCUCAAUCAAACCCGCGGAGACGUGGGGUGGUGGUCUCAGUGGUCAUCUGGGUCAUCAUUGGGGCUAGCGCAAGCCCGUAUCUCUUCAUGGAUGGACUGAACAAAAACAAUAACAAGAAGCGUUGUUUUGAGUGGUACGGACCCCAAAACACAUGGGUGGCCAUUACCAAUUUACUCAUUAUUGCCUGCUUCUUCUUGGUGUUCAUCUUCAUUCUUGUGUCUAACCUGCUGAUCGCAAGAACCCUCCUUUCCCAGCCAGUGCAACAGCAAGGUUCCAUAAAGGGGGGUAUCAAACAACGAGCUCUGCGGAUGGUGUUUGCCGUGCUGGGGGUCUUUGUUGUCUGCUUUGUCCCCCACCACUUGAUCAGUGGUCCCUGGACCAUGGCAGUCUUGGGACUCUGGAGGAAAGAGGACUGUGAUCUCCUGCAGACCCUCAACGAUGCCCAUCAAGUCACCCUCUGCCUGGCGGGCCUCAACUGCAUCCUCGACCCCAUCAUCUACUGCUUCACCACCACGAUGUUCCGACGAUACCUCACAGAGAGGAUUCAGCAGAUUAGGAAUCAGAUCGAGAACGGUUCUGCUCACUCCUUCCCCGAUAGCAGCACACACUGCCCGGACAACAGCAGCACAGCCGCAUUUCAAUCACAAUUGGGUCAUUUUGAAAAGUGAAAGCUAAUGGAAAAUCUAACAAUGGCGGUGAAUGACAGUGAGUGUGCUGUGGACUCUGAGUUCAGAUACAC